AGGAGGAGGAGGAGGAGAAGGAGUGGAAGGGGACUGACUGAAUUCCUAGCCGAGUUCCCGGUAGGUGCGCUCGCCAAGUAAGCGCGUCCUUGGGCUCCCGCGGUCCUCGGAGGGUCGGCGGGGCUGCCGUGAGUAGAUCGGCUUAUUCUGGGGAGCUGCGGGGCAGUGCCUGAAGAGCAGGUGAUCAGUGACAUCAGCCAUGUCGUCGCGGCCUUUUGAAAGUCCACCUCCGUACAGACCAGAUGAAUUCAAGCCCAAUCAUUAUGCACCAAGUAAUGAUGUCUAUGGUGGAGACAUGCACGUCCGACCCAUGCUCUCUCAGCCGGCGUACUCUUUCUACCCAGAAGAUGAAAUUCUUCACUUCUACAAAUGGACCUCUCCUCCAGGAGUCAUUCGGAUUUUGUCUAUGCUCGUUAUUGUGAUGUGCAUCGCCAUAUUUGCCUGUGUUGCCUCCACACUUGCCUGGGAUCGAGGCUAUGGAACUGGCUUACUGGGUGGCGGACUAGGCUACCCUUAUAGCAGUGGCUUUGGUAGCUACGGAGGUGGCUAUGCGUAUGGUUAUAAUUAUGGUUAUGGCUAUGGAGGCUACACCGAUCCAAGAGCAGCAAAGGGCUUCCUCCUGGCCAUGGCGGCCUUUUGUUUCAUUGCCGCAUUGGUGGUAUUUGUUACCAGCGUUAUACGAUCUGACAUAUCUAGGACAAGAAGAUACUACUUGACCGUCAUAAUACUGAGUGCUAUCCUGGGUGUCAUGAUGUUUAUCGCCACCAUUGUCUACAUAAUGGGAGUCAACCCAACUGCCCAGGCUUCUGGGUCUAUAUACAGUACACAGAUAUAUGCCCUCUGCAACCAGUAUUAUGCGUCUACAACUACUGGGAUCUACAUGGAUCAGUAUUUGUAUCACUACUGUGUGGUGGAUCCCCAAGAGGCAAUUGCCAUUGUACUGGGGUUCAUGGUUAUUGUGGCUUUUGCUUUAAUAAUUUUCUUUGCCGUGAAAACCCGAGGAAAGAUGGAUCGGUAUGACAAGUCAAAUAUUUUGUGGGACAAAGAACAUGUUUAUGAUGAACAACCCCCCAAUGUCGAAGAGUGGGUUAAAAACGUUUCUGCGGGCACACAGGACAUGCCUCCUCCCCCUUCUGACUAUGUGGAGAGAGUGGACAGUCCUGUGGCCUACUCUUCUAAUGGUAAAGUGAAUGACAAGAGGCCCUAUCCGGAGUCUUCCUACAAGUCAACACCGGUGCCGGAAGUGGUGCAGGAGCUGCCAGUGACCUCGCCCGUGGAUGACUUCAGGCAGCCUCGCUACAGCAGCAGCAGCAACUACGAGACGCCUUCCAGAAGAGCCCCCACGAAAGGCAGAGCAGGCAGGUCCAAGCGGCCGGAGCAGGACCACUAUGAAACGGACUACACGACUGGCGGCGAGUCGUGCGACGAGCUGGAGGAGGACUGGAUCAGGGAAUAUCCACCUAUUACUUCAGAUCAACAAAGACAACAGUACAAGAGAAAUUUUGACACUGGCCUGCAGGAAUAUAAGAGCUUACAAGCAGAACUCGAUGAGGUCAAUAAAGAACUCUCUCGUCUGGAUAAAGAAUUGGAUGACUAUAGAGAAGAAAGUGAAGAGUACAUGGCUGCUGCCGAUGAGUACAAUAGACUGAAGCAAGUUAAGGGAUCUGCAGAUUACAAAAAUAAGAGGAAUUAUUGCAAGCAGCUGAAGAGCAAAUUGUCACACAUCAAGAAGAUGGUGGGAGAUUAUGACAGACAGAAAACAUAGAAGACAAAUGGCAUACACUUGAGAAAUUAAGAAGUAUUUGACAUCUCUGCAAUGUUGUCAGAAGGCAAAAUGACUUUGGAUUCUAACCCAGGAGACCAAGUCUUUGUGAUCAUUACAAAGUUUUGGUAGCUUUAAUAUCAUCAGUAUUCAAGCAUUUUAUAACUAGCUUUUGAUAAUCAACUGGGCUGAACACUCCAUUUAAAGAUUCUAGGCUUUAAACUUUGGCUGCUGUAUUAAGGACUGACUGACUACAGGUUGAGGAUUUUAAACCUUGAAGGAAGGUCCCACGGUGACCUGUGCUGUGAACUUGCACAGUCUUCUGUUAAUACGUAAGUGCGCUCAUUAGUUCCCAUAGGCUAUCUCGUCCAUUCCUCCCGGAGUUCUGCCUUCAGAACUGUUAUUUAUAACCAUUCCUUCUCAGGUAAGGAAAUUCUGUCCCUGCAGUGAAGUGUCUGAGUGAAAAUGCUUGUUUCCUGGCUUGCAGUGUUGGUUAAGUCUGUUUUGUGACUUGAGUCCAUGAAUAAAGUCCCUGGCCUUUCAUAUGUUAGCUAACUCUGUUAGCUAACCAAAACCUUCCUGUUGAUUUCUUUCUGCGUAUCAAUGGUGUUAAAAAGAGCUUUUAUUAUUUUAUGUUAUCCAGAUAAUAAAGAUCAUAUAAAAAUAACAAAUUAUGGGAACUUAAAGAUUGUAUAUAGAUUCACCUUUUAAGAAUCAAAAUUUAAAGCUCCUGGUUAGAAUUCUGUUGUGUAAUCUAAAAUACUUUGUAAUCUUUUAUGGUUUACAUGCAUUGUUGUUUUUUGUUUUUUUUUUUUAAACCAACUAGGCUUUUUCAUUAUAUCAGAGUAUCUGAUGAUGUUGCUGAUUCAGUUGUGACUUGAAUUGAACAAUGUUCAGGUUCUGUACAUACUUUCUAAGGUAUUAAACCUAGUGUUGUGUCUCUUUCAUACACUUGUUUUACAUCAUUAGUGCUGUUAAGUUUUGGAAAAUCAUACUCAGUUUUAUCUGUUCAUGUUUUAAACUAUUUUGGGUGCUGUGCUGGUUGCUCACUUUCCCAGUCUUGGCUAUCAGAAGGAUGAUUUUUCUGGAAAUAGAAUGCAAUCCCACAAAACAUGAAAUUACUUCAGAUGGUACCCUUGGUUCACCACUUGUUUUUUAAAUUUAAAUUUUUAUUAGUGAAGUGAAAUUAGCUGAUAGUAUGGGCAUAUAUAGUGAGCCCAGUUGGUUGUGAUUAUCCCCUCAGUUUAGAACUGUUUUUGUGAAAAUUUUUGAAGAAUAAACUUUAAAUAAUCAUUAGUAUACAAUUCAGACAUUUAAGUAUGUAAUUCUUUAUAUACAAGUCUGAAUCAUUUUCCAAAGAUAUAUCUUAAAAUAAUUUUUCUAUUAUAACAUUGAUUCAUUUCUUCAAAUUGAAGAAAUUCUUAAUUUUCCAUGUGCCUUACAUACUUACUACAAAAGGUGAUAGUUUAUAGUUUUCAUACCUUUUGGUUUUACACCAGACAGUAAAGACUCUCUUGAGCAACUUAACUCAGUUUUAUGUAUGCUAAAAUUGAAAUUUCUUUGUUCUCGGAAGUCAGUGUACUUAGAUUAUGAAGAUGGGAAGGUUGCUGGGGUUCUGACAAAACAAAAGUGUACAGCUGAAUGAACAGAAUCAAAUAGCAUGAAUUUCCAUUAUAAAAUUGUGUCAGAAAAUUGGACUUAGAAAUAAAAUAACAAAACCAUUUCUCAAAUGUGUUACUUAAAUACCUCUUGGGAUUAAGCAGCUGGAUGUAACUUUAAGAACCACUUUAAGGGCCAAAUUCUAGUUUGGAAAAUUAAAGGUUUAGAUUAGACAUCAGAGGUCUCAUACAGCUCUGACCUGAGAUGCUUGCUUCUGCAGUCUGCCUUCUAAUAUAAACAGUUGUUCCAGAAGUUCUGUUGGGAAAGCCUGUGAUCCUGCUGAUCCUGCACACAGGGAUUCCUUUAUGUAGGUGAUUUUGUAUUAAAAGUAGAUAAGAUCAAUAUUUUAAUUUCUCUGUAUUUUGAAAAAUUUAAAGAAAUAUAGAAAACUAUAAACAUAUGUAUAUCCAUCUUCCAGAAAGAACAGGUGUUAGUUUUUUCAUAUAUGCCAUGUAGUUUUGGAAAUAAAUUGAAGGCUACUAGUAUUUAUAGUAAAAGUUAAACUGUAUACACGCACAUAUAUAAAAUUAUCAUUUAAUCCUUAUAACAUUCCAUUGACAUGUAAUCAUUUCUCAUCUUCAUUUAACAUGUAAGAAAACUGAUUAUGUGGUAGGUUGACUGGUCCCCCAUCACACAGUGGCAAGUGAUUAAAUAAGAUUGGAAUCUUGGUCUGUUGGAGUAUUAGGUUCUGUACUCCCGUUCUGGGUUGACUGUCACUAAAUUCAUUGGUUGGGUAAGAUGGGAUUGCUCUGUCUGGUGUUAAUAAAAUAUAUUUUAAGAGUA